GUGCCAAACUAAUAAUUUAAGUUCUGGGAUGAGUUUCUCUCUCCUCCCUCUCUCAACACUUCCUCCUCCCCUCUCUUGGGGAUCUAGUCUGAUCCAGUCCGGUUCAUGGUGGGAGAUAAUCGGCCAAUGAUGUGAGUUAAUGAGGCGGAGAUGCGGGAGGACAAACUCAGACGCGCCCAUCUCCAGCGACGACAGGUGCGCUACCCGUGAGCUAGAGGAGGACAAGACGGAGGAGCAGAGCGAAUAAAGAGGGGGGAGAGGUGGACAGCGAAGAGGAUAAACAAAAGCAGAGGCAUUUUCCGGGUUUGCGCUAUGGAACCGGGGCAGAACGCACAGGUCGCCGACAUGGGAGGUGAGCACUCCGCAGGGGCGUGCGUACUGGAGCGGGACCGGGAGAGGGGCGACAUGUCCAGCCCUUGUCCGCCGGCUAAGCAGCGCUCCCUGCGGGUCGUGUAUGUCCUGAACGACGGGCUGAAGUCGGUGAUGGCCAGCAGUCCCGAGUCCGGAGCACUGCAGUGUCUGCAGAGAGCGUGCGACUCGGAGAGCGCGCUGCUCACCACCGUCACGUUCGGGAGACUGGACUUUGGAGAAACAUCAGUACUGGACAGUUUCUACGAUGCAGACAUUGCGGUUGUGGAUAUGAGCGAUGUAUUCCGGCAGCCCUCCUUGUUUUACCACCUCGGCGUUCGAGAGAGCUUCGACAUGGCCAACAACGUCAUCCUGUACCAUGACACUGACCCCGACACUGCACAGUCACUAAAGGACAUGGUGGCCCAGAAAAACACAGCGGCUCGUCCUCCAGUGUUAGGUUUUCCUUGGGUUCAGUUGCCUCCGGAGUACAGGGGGACUGGAUUGCGCAAUAAAGCGUCCAGCGGUAACUACUACUUCAUCCCCUACAUAGUGACUCCUAACCAUGAGUACAUGUGCUGUGAAAGUGAUGCCCAGCGCAGGGCCAGCGAGUACAUGCAGCCCAGCUGGGACAACCUGCUGGGGCCGCUGUGCGUCCCUCUGACGGACCGCUUCACCAGCCUGCUGAAGGACAUCCAUGUAACGUCCUGCGCUUCCUUCAAGGACACACUUCUCAAUGACAUCAGGAAGGCCAGAGAGAAGUACCAGGGAGAGGAGCUGGCCAAGGAGCUUUCCCGCAUCAAACUCCGAAUAGACAACACAGAGGUCUUAACGCAGGACAUCGUCAUGAACCUGCUUUUUUCCUACAGAGACAUACAGGACUAUGACGCCAUGGUGAAGCUAGUGCAGACACUGGAGAUGCUGCCGACUUGUGAUCUGGCCACCCAGCCCAUGAUCCAGUUCCACUACGCCUUUGCUCUUAACAGGAGGAACAGCCCUGGAGACAGGGAGCAGGCUCUCAGAGUGAUGCUGCAGGUGUUGCAGUCCUGCGAGCAUCCAGCCCCGGACAUGUUCUGCCUCUGUGGACGAAUCUACAAGGACAUUUUCCUCGACUCAGACUGCAAAGACACUAAAAACAGAGACAACGCAAUACAGUGGUACAGGAAGGGGUUUGAGCUGCAGCCAACUCUUUACUCUGGCAUCAACCUGGCUGUGCUCCUCAUUGUUGCUGGCCAGCAGUUUGAGAGCUCCAUUGAGCUGAGGAAAAUAGGCGUGAGGUUGAACAGUCUCCUGGGGCGCAAAGGUUCACUGGAGAAAAUGAAUAACUACUGGGACGUGGGCCAGUUCUUCACCGUUAGCAUGCUGGCUAGCGACAUCCCUAAAGCUACACAGGCUGCUGAGAAGCUGUUCAAACUGAAGCCACCUCUCUGGUACCUGCGAUCGGUGGUGCAGAACUUGCAGCUGAUCCAGAGGUUUAAGAAACAGGCGACUGAACAUUCUCCCCAGAGAGAGAGGCUCGAUUUCUGGAUGGACAUCAUCGUAGAGGCCACGCAGGGCACCACCAACAGAUUGCGGUUUCCGGUGCUGAUUCUGGAGCCGACCAAGAUUUACCAGCCCUCGUAUGUGUCAAUUAACAACGAGGCCGAAGAGAAGAACGUCUCGAUCUGGCAUGUUUCUCCUGCUGAAACGAAAGGAAUCCAUGAGUGGAACUUCACUGCAAUGUCUAUUAAAGGCAUUAGUAUCAGUAAGUUUGACGAGCGCUGCUGCUUCCUCUACGUCCACGAUAACUCUGAUGACUUCCAGAUCUACUUCUCCACCGAGGAGCAGUGCGGUCGGUUCUGCUCCAAGGUGAAGGAGAUGAUAUCUGAUGGUACGGGGAAUGCUGUGGAGCUAGAGGGGGAAGGCGACGGCGAUACACUGGAGUACGAGUAUGACACCAAUGAGACAGGAGACAGGGUAGUGCUGGGGCGGGGCACUUACGGAGUGGUCUAUGCUGGGAGGGACCUCAGCAACCAGGUCCGAAUCGCCAUCAAAGAGAUUCCUGAAAGAGACAGCAGGUACUCCCAGCCACUUCAUGAAGAGAUCGCUCUGCACAAGUACCUGAAGCACAGGAACAUUGUUCAGUAUCUGGGCUCUGUUUCUGAGAACGGAUACAUCAAGAUCUUCAUGGAACAAGUGCCUGGAGGAAGCCUGUCUGCGUUGCUGCGUUCAAAAUGGGGCCCUCUGAAAGAGGCGACGAUCAUAUUCUACACCAGACAGAUCCUGGAGGGGCUCAGAUACCUGCACGAGAACCAGAUCGUCCAUCGGGACAUCAAGGGUGAUAACGUGUUGGUGAAUACCUACAGUGGCGUCUUGAAGAUCUCAGACUUUGGUACCUCAAAACGCUUGGCAGGAGUCAAUCCCUGCACUGAAACAUUUACAGGUACUCUGCAGUACAUGGCUCCGGAAAUUAUAGAUAAAGGCCCUCGAGGCUAUGGGGCACCAGCAGACAUCUGGUCACUGGGAUGUACCAUCAUUGAAAUGGCCACUGGGAAACCCCCCUUUCAUGAGCUAGGGGAACCACAGGCAGCCAUGUUUAAGGUGGGCAUGUUUAAGAUCCACCCAGAGAUCCCGGAGUCUUUGUCGCUGGAGGCCAAGUCGUUCAUCCUGCGCUGUUUUGAGCCUGACCCUCACAAGAGAGCCAUCGCCUCGGACCUGCUCAGAGACACUUUUGUCAGGCACAACACCAAGGGCAAGAAGAGCAAGAUUGCAUUCAAACCAUCAGACUACAUCCAUAACGUUUCUCUGCCGGUGCAGCUGCAGUGUGAGGCCGCCGGCAGCAGCAGCAGUGAACACGGAUCCGUGAGUCCGGACUGCGACUCCAAACACGACGUUUUCUUCCAGAAGAAGAAAAGUUCUGGGUCAGAGAAUCUCAAACCUACCAACUCCAACUACCUGAGUGUUCCAGAUGAGGGUUCGGUGUCGGAGGACCGCAGUGUCCCCCCUUCACCUGAGGACAGGGACAGCGGUCUGUUCCUGCUGAAGAAGGACAGCGAGAGACGGUCUAUUCUGUACAAGGUCCUGAAUGAUGACCAGGAUAAGGUCAUCUCAAACCUCAAGGAAAACCACAUCCAGGGCAGUGAGGAGCUUCAGUUGUCCGUCGACCACAUCAAGCAGAUCAUCUGCAUCCUUCGAGACUUCAUCCAUUCCCCAGAGAGGCGUGUCAUGGCCGCCACCAUCUCCAAGCUCAAGCUAGACCUCGACUUCGACUCCACCUCCAUCAACCAGAUUCAGCUGGUGCUGUUUGGCUUCCAGGACUCGGUGAACAAGGUCCUGAGGAAUCAUCACAUCAAACCCCACUGGAUGUUUGCCAUGGAUAACAUAAUACGGAGAGCUGUGCAGGCUGCCAUUACCAUCCUCAUACCAGAGCUGAAGACCCACUUCGGCCCGGCGUCAGAGUGCGAGGGAGCAGAGAAGGAAGACGAGGUGGACGAGGAGGAAGUGGAAUUCGGUCCGGUUUUAGCGCCACCCGCCGACGACCCCGGGGCGACCGCUGACUCCCCCCACGUUGCAGCCAGCACGUCAAACUCCACCCACUCCCAGGAGCAUCAGCGGUCACACCACCAGCUGGGGGCUCAGCUGGGACGGCUCAAGCAAGAAACCAACAGGCUGCUGGAGGAGCUACUGCUGAAGGAGAAGGAGUACCAGCAGGUCCUGAAGACUACGCUUCAGCAGAGAACGCAUGACCUGGAGCUGGUCAAAGUCAGACACAGACCCUCAGAUGUCUCGCCUCCCUCCAUCUUUCACAUCCCGGCGGACCACGAGCCAGACAAGCAGCUCACUGACUGGCUGAAAGAGCAGGGGGCAGACCAAGACACCAUAGACAAGUUCGUGAUGGAGGAAUACAAGCUGACAGACGUUCUCUGCGACGUUACCAAAGAUGACCUCCGCUGUCUACGCCUAAGGGGUGGAGUCCUCUGCAGGAUCUGGCGUGCCAUCCAGCGGCACCGAGAGCGAGAGAGGCUGCCGGCCGACAAGCGUUCAGAAAACGACGCAUGACGAGAUCGUUGGACUACAGCUCGAGAAAACACGCACACAUCCACACAUUACCAGCCCCGCAUGGCCAGCUCUCCUCUCUUUGUUUGUCUCCACAGUGCCUUCUCUUCUUAUAGUCCCCGCGUUUGUAUGUACAGGACUGACUGACUCCGUGCAGAGUCCGACUUGACCAAGACCAAAGCUCUUUAGUGCAGGCACUACUGUGUGUACCUUUAUGUGCAUUUAAGCGUUCAUGUGUGUUACGACGCGUUUGUGCUUGAGCAUUUUGACAGAAAAAUAUGUCCCAGCAGACAAGGAAGGAGUCUGAAGUUCCCUCUGAAUGAUGAUUUGACUGUGAAACGCCGCCGGGCACUUCAAAGAUGACUGUAAAACGUCUUUUAGGUUUUUAAUGUUGAAAAAGUGUCUACAAAAUGUCUUAAACCACACAUCAGAAAGAAAAACUGAAACUCCUACUGCUCUUCUAUUGUUGGGAACAACUGUGCAACUGGCGUCCAACAUCCGGCGCGCUGCCUCUAGCUGAUAAGUGGCAUGUCUGCAACACGUCAGAUGAUGCUUCUCUGAAAGAUUGGAGACACAGUCCAAACUGUCAAGCAGGUCCAUAAACAUAUCCUCGAAAUCUUAUAUCUGAAGAUAAGAUAAACAUGGCACAUGUCAUCUGAGAAUGAGUCACUUUGAAUGCAGACUUAAGCCUCAAGUUUUGUAAAGACACUGUAGCGUGCACACAUCACAUCACGACUGCUGAUCACAGCUGCCUUUAUAUUUGUACGCAUGUUAUUUAUUAGGUGUAUCUAUUCUCUUCUACUCUGUGUGCAUCUGUAUUUGUUUUGUUUUUUAUUCCGACUGUCAUAUGUUGUUCAUCGUGCUUUACAACUGCAAUAAACCUGGAAAUAAUAAAAAUUUGUUGGCCAUUCA